UUGGAAAGAGAUAAUGGCCUAUAAUAAUAUUUUGAAAACAUUUGUGCUGUGCUACCGUAUUAUUCUUAUCAUCUUUGCCUUUCCAAAUUCUCCUACUACCUGAACUCGAUGAACAACAACUCAUUGCUUUAAAGCUCUUUUCAGCUUCAUUCUCCAUGUUUAAGUGACCUUUUUUUUACAGUGUGCAGCUAGCUUCUAAGAAAAAAUAAAAAUCUCUAGAACACACUCACGUGCUUGUGUUGUUCUUGUUUGGUUCUAGGGCCAUGAAGUGCGAGCUAGUAGAUUUUCUUUGCUGAGUGAUAGUGAAAAUCGAAUCUUUUGUAGGUUUAGUUUUGACCCUUCCUUUUUGUUCUGCGCCUUGGUUGGUAGCUGCUGCUAGCUGACAAGAUAAUAAGGAGUAUCAAUUUCUGUGUAGCAUUAGAAACCCAGAAUCUUGUGAUUCUUUUAUUCUUUAAAGGGUAUUUGAAUUUUUCUUAUCUGCCUCUAGUUUCAGUGUUCAUUUUGCAUUUCUGAAUUUUAAGCUAUUGGGGUGGAUAAGACAGCAUCUUAUCAAGGUCACAUCUCUUAUUAUUAUUUUUAUUGAAGAUGUCUUUUUUAUUUUUCCUUCCCCUUCAACCUACUUGUUUUUAGGAAUUGGGUUUCUGUUGUUGUUGUUGUUCAUCAAAAUCUCGAAUUUUCUUCAAUCACAAGCCUAAAAAACAAAUCUUUUAGUGAAUAGGUGUGUGUUAGCCUUGUGGGGAUUCUGUGGAUUUGACAGCGGUUCUCUCCUCUCCUCUCUCUCUGUCUCUGUCUCGGUCUCUGUCUCUCUCUCUCUCUCUCUCACACACACACAAGCCUGCCUGGAAUCAGUUAGAGUUGACACCCGCAACCUGUUUGAACUGUUUCUUUUUAACCUGUGUUGGUUACUGUUGUGGAUGAGUUUGCUCCAUGUAGUUGGGUUUGCUCUAAAAGUGGGGCAUCUACUUUUGGUGCUAUGUUGCUGGGUUGUGUCUGUCGUUUACCUUAACUGGUUUAUUAGCAGUGGAAUUAUGGAAACCAAGAUGAUGGGUGGUGGUGGUGGUGGUGGUGGCAAGAUGUGGCACAAAAAAUGGUGGGAGAAUAUAUCAGGGCAGGGUUGCAAAAUCCACCAACAGUACUACCAGUAUAUUGGCUCUAAGAAAGUUAAGAGAGCGUUGUGGAGGAAGAUUUUGCUGACAUGGGUCGUGGGUUGGUUCAUAGUAUCUUUGUGGAUCUUCAGCUACAUGAGCUUGCAAGGUACUGAGAAGAGGAAAGAAACUCUCGCAAGCAUGUGUGAUGAAAGGGCUAGGAUGCUGCAGGAUCAGUUUAACGUCAGUAUGAACCAUAUCCAAGCCAUGUCCAUUCUGAUCUCCACCUUUCACCAUGCUAAGAGCCCCUCAGCCAUCGAUCAGAAAACUUUUGCAAAGUACACAGAAAGAACAGCUUUUGAGAGGCCUCUUACAAGUGGUGUUGCGUAUGCUGUAAGGGUGCUCCAUUCUGAAAGGGAACAAUUUGAAAAGCAGCAAGGUUGGACUAUCAAGAGGAUGGAUACUCUAGAGCAGAACCCGGUUCAUAAGGAUGAUUAUGCCCCAGAGGCAUUGGAGCCAUCCCCCGUUCAGGAAGAAUAUGCUCCUGUCAUCUUUGCACAGGAUACAAUUGCACAUGUGAUUUCUGUUAAUGUGCUUUCUGGAAAGGAAGACCGUGAAAAUGUGCUGCGUGCAAGAGAAUCAGGCAAAGGCGUUUUAACUGCGCCCUUCAGGCUGCUCAAAACAAAUAGGCUAGGGGUUAUCCUGACAUUUGCUGUCUACAAGAGAGAUCUUCCAUCAAAUGCAACCCCAAAUGAAAGGAUUCAAGCAACUGACGGGUAUCUUGGGGGAGUCUUUGAUGUUGAGUCAUUAGUGGAGAAAUUACUUCAGCAACUUGCUAGCAAGCAAAGUGUAAUUGUUAAUGUGUAUGAUACUACAAAUCACACUCAUCCAAUUGCCAUGUAUGGCUCAAAUGAAUCAGGGGAUGUUUUCUUUCACGUCAGCACUCUUAACUUUGGAGACCCUUUUAGGAAGCAUGAGAUGCACUGCAGGUUCAAGCAGAAGCCACCAUGGCCAUGGGUGGCAAUAACUACUUCAAUUGGUAUCCUUGUUAUUGCACUCCUUGUUGGACAUAUUUUCCAUGCCACUGUGAAUCGAAUUGCCGAAGUAGAAGAUGAUUAUCGUAAGGAGAUGGAACUUAAAAAACAAGCUGAGGCGGCUGAUGUUGCAAAAUCCCAGUUUCUUGCUACUGUUUCCCAUGAAAUCAGAACACCAAUGAACGGUGUUUUAGGGAUGUUGCAUAUGCUUAUGGACACAGAUCUAGAUGUCACCCAACAGGAAUAUGUCAGGACAGCACAGGAAAGUGGAAAAGCUCUGGUGUCACUUAUAAACGAGGUUUUGGAUCAGGCUAAGAUUGAAUUUGGUAAGCUAGAGCUUGAGGCUGUGCUCUUCGACAUACGGGCAAUUUUGGAUGAUGUAUUGUCACUAUUUUCUGAGAAGUCUCAAGGAAAAGGAGUAGAGUUGGCAGUUUAUGUGUCAGAUCAUGUUCCAGAACUACUAAUAGGUGAUCCUGGAAGAUUUCGACAAAUAAUUACCAAUCUCAUGGGUAACUCAAUUAAGUUCACGGACAAAGGACAUAUUUUUGUCACAAUCCAUCUUGUUGAGGAGGUUGUCCGUUCAAUAGAGGUUGACAAAGAAUCCAACUCAGAAAAUACCUUGAGUGGUUCCCCUGUUGCUGAUAGUCGCCGGAGCUGGGAAGGAUUCAAGGCUUUCAGUCAAGAGGGACCUCUUGGUUCCUUCUCAUCCCCCUCCAGUGAUCUUGUCAAUUUGAUUGUAUCUGUUGAGGAUACAGGUGAAGGUAUUCCUCUUGAAUCUCAGCCACUCAUCUACACCCCAUUCAUGCAGGUAGGUCCAUCCAUCUCCCGAAAGCAUGGAGGAACAGGAAUUGGCCUAAGCAUUAGUAAGUGUUUGGUUGGCCUCAUGAAUGGGGAAAUUGGAUUUGUGAGUAUACCCAAGACUGGAUCCACAUUCACUUUUACAGCUGUAUUCACCAAUGGACACUGCAGUUCAAAUGAGUGUAAAGUUCAGCAAAUCAACAACCAACCUCAGUCUGCAUCUUCAGAAUUCGAAGGGAUGACUGCAUUAAUUAUUGACCCAAGAUCUGUUAGAGCAAAAGUGUCUAGAUAUCACAUCCAACGGCUUGGCAUUCAUGUUGAGAUGGUUUCAGAUUUAAAACAAGGUUUGUCAACCAUAAGCAAUGGGAAUAUAAUUAUUAAUAUGGUUUUGAUUGAGCAGGAGGUUUGGGAUAGAGAUUUAGGCUUGUCAUCUCAUUUUGUCAAUAACACAAGGAGAAUUGAUCAGGGGGUUCCUCCAAAGCUGUUCAUUCUUGUUAAUUCUAGUAGUUCUUUUAAAGCUAGUGUAAACUUGGGUGUUCAUAAUCCUAUUGUCAUCACCAAACCUCUGAGAGCGAGUAUGCUUGCUGCCUCACUACAACGAGCCAUGGGUGUCCAAAAUAAGGGAGCUCCUCAUAGAGAGCUCCAAAGUUUGUCUCUUCGCCAUCUUCUUCGUGGCAGGAAAAUUCUAAUUGUAGAUGACAAUAGUGUGAACCGUGCAGUAGCAGCUGGUGCAUUGAAAAAGUAUGGAGCAGAUGUGGUUUGUGUUAGUAGUGGUAAAGAUGCCAUCUCUUCCUUGAAGCCACCCCAUCAGUUUGAUGCCUGUUUCAUGGAUAUUCAAAUGCCAGAAAUGGAUGGAUUUGAAGCUACAAAGCGAGUUAGGGAGAUGGAAGAUAGUGUGAACAGAGAAGUAUCUAUGGAUGACUUUGAGAAUAUUACAAACUGGCAUGUACCCAUUUUAGCCAUGACUGCAGAUGUGAUACAUGCUACACACGAGGAAUGCCUAAAGUGGGGCAUGGAUGGAUAUGUUUCAAAACCCUUUGAAGCUGAACAGCUGUAUAGAGAAGUCUCACGGUUUUUCCAGUCAUCUUGAAAAGAAAAGACAGUGCUGAUCUAAACCAGAUAAACUGAUAAUGGAAGCAUAGCUGUUUGUACUCCAGGACACUCUGAAGUGGGUAAAUAGGUUCAGAAGUCUCCUGAGAGUAAGUUCCCUAUUUAACAGCCAGUGCAUGUUUUAGUAUUUCACCACCUCAAAGUUUGGGGGUUGUUCACUAGAGACUGAAGAAUGUUUAUCUAUCUCAUCUGAAAGGAAAAAGAAAAUGGAACAAAGGGGGACAAUAUUGUAGAAGUUCAGAAAUGGUUCAUUCUACCUUUUUGACCUAUUUUGUUGUCUUUUCUGCUGUGUGUGAAGGUCCCUGGUUUAAAACUUUGUUUUUGUGGCAGGGAGUGUACGUAGGAGCAAAGUUUGAUUGGUUGCAAUUGAGUUGUAAUUGGUUGUUAAGGGUAGCAAAACCCAUAUUAAUUCUUCUUCCUUGUAAACUCAGCCUCUCUUCUCAUUCGAAAUGAUUGAGGCUGAUUGGAAGAUUAGGGUGUAUUAUAAUACAGGUUCUGGAGUCUCCUCCUUGUGUAUGUAAUAAUACAACUUAUAGUGAUCUAGCCUAGGCACGUUACAUUUUAUGUGUAUUGAUGCAUGUAUCACAAGGGCUUGAUUCAGGUGAAAGGAAGAAAAUUAGCUUCUUGGCAUCAAAGGAAGCUAGCCCAUCAUCAAUCUUUGUAUAUGACUCACAAUAAAGAUGGUGAUUGAUGUAUCACACCAAGCUUGCUUCCUUUUGUUCUUAACAGUGCUGGAAUUCGGCUUGCAAACAUGUAACUGAUACAUUAUACUCUAGUGUUUGAGUGAUCCACCAUUUUUUUGGCCUAUUUGUACAUUUCCAAUUUCUGGAUUUCCUUUGACUCA